AUGAGAGGCCCGACAGUUCUCAAGGCUGAAGAUGAUAAGACACGACAGUUGAACAAGCACACAUUGAUGGCCUUCUCCGGCGAGUCUGGAGAUACCGUUCAAUUUGCCGAAUACAUCCAAGCCAACGCUGCACUCUACAGUAUGCGCAAUGACACGGAGCUCAGCCCCUCCGCCGUUGCCAAUUUCGUUCGGGGAGAAUUGGCGCGUAGCUUGCGGUCACGGAGUCCCUACACAGUCAACUUGCUGCUAGGUGGUAUAGAUCCGGUCACUGAGAAGCCACACCUGUUUUGGAUUGACUACCUAGCGUCGCUGGCGCCCCUACCAUAUGCCGCCCAUGGCUAUGCCCAAUACUACUGCCUCUCUAUCCUUGACAAACACCACCAUCCCGACUGCACCCGCGAGGAGGGCCUUGCGCUCCUCACCCUGUGCACAGAUGAGCUGAAGCGCAGACUCCCCAUUGACUACAAAGGAAUGCUGGUGAAGAUGGUGACAAAGGAUGGCGUGGAAGAGAUCACCGUGGAUAACGAUAAGGUGCCCUAUGAGCUCACCGCUUCGAAUGAAUAG